CAGGAUCUCUUCACACGAGAGGAGGAGAACAGUCCGGUCAUCUGUAGCCGCCGUGUGAAGAGAGACUGAACCAUAUCUAUUGUUAUUUAGAUCUGUUGUGCAGACGCAGCAUGUCUUUCUGUCGGUUUGUCGGCGGUGAGGUCUACAAGGAUCAUUUCAAACCAGGUAUGUAUGUGUGCUCCCAGUGUAACCAUCCGCUGUUCUCCAGCCGGUCCAAGUUCGCCCACUCAUCUCCUUGGCCAGCUUUCACCGACACCAUCAGAGAGGACAGUGUCACCAAGAUGAUGGAGACUCUCACUGCCUUCAAGGUUCUAUGUGGCAAGUGUGGCAACGGUCUGGGCCAUGAGUUUGUAAAUGACGGUCCAGAAGAAGGAGUCUCGCGUUUUUGAAUAUUCAGCCACUCGCUCAAGUUUGUCCCCAGUAAAGAGUGGCAGUGAGUGUGUUCCUACUUUGUCUCUGUCCUAGGAAAAGACAAGCAGUAAAGAGCGAGGUAUGAGUUUUCACUCCAGCUGCUGUAUCUGCUGCUCAGUCCAGGACCAGUGACCAGGUCGGGUCAGUGGGUGACGUGGACGGGGGAAAGGCCCGAGAGGGACAUCCUGUCCACUGAAGAAUCUUUGACCUGCCUGUGACACAGUGACAGGACUUUUUACAAAAAAAAAGUUACAUUCCUUGAAUACCUGCUAUUUAAAUUUCAGUAUUCACUCAUAUUCAUUAUUAUAAUGUCACUCUUAAUUAAAUGUAUCAGUAGAUGCAUGGGAUUUUAGCAUAUAACAGUUAAUGUAGCAGGAACUCGUCAGUUAUUUUGAUCUUUUUUUCUAUCACUUUAAUUUUGCAAUAUUUACUCCCAUUUACUUUCCUACGGUAAAUGUAACCAUAUGAUAUAUGCACUGAAGAAGUCCACAUUUCUUGUCAGUCUGCACUUUUAUAUGUUUAUUUCACAAUUAUGCAAUAACAGAGAAACUUGUUAACUGUAUGAGUCAGCUACAGUUUUGUUCUUAUUUGUCAUGUACUGUAAGCUGGUUUACUUGAAAAGAUUCAUUGUUCCUGUGCAAAAAAUGAGAGAGAACUUUUGUGCAUUUGCAUUUUAUUCUGAGUUUCUUUGGGGGAAAAAAAAGGAAGGUUUUGAUUUAUCCUCAAUUGUCGGUGUAUUCACUUGAAGGAACAAACAAAUAACACAAAUAAAUUAUAGUUUGAUAGAU